CUGCUUGCUUACGUGUUUCAGUUAUGGAGAAUGCAGAGCUUUCAAUUGUUGAAAUAGUUUGCAAAUUAGAGAAGAUUUUUCCUCCAGCAUUCUUUAAUGUGAUGGAGCAUUUAGUUGUGCAUCUCCCAUAUGAAGCUAAGGUUGGAGGACCUGUGCAGUAUAGGUGGAUGUAUCCAUUUGAGAGGUGUAUGUUAUAUUUGAAAAGAAAGGCUCGAAACAAAGCCAGAGUUGAAGGAUCUAUUUGUGAAGCAUAUAAUUUAGAAGAGGUUUCCAAUUUUGCUUCGAUGUAUUUUGAUCCCAAAUUGCAAACAAGGCACACUAAAGUUCCUCGAAAUGAUGAUGGUGGGCAGUGUAUGAUUGAUGAAUGCUUGUCUAUUUUUAAAUAUCCUUGUCGUCCUAUUGGAAAAGGUAAAAAAAGAUUCUUGACAGAUGGUGAGUAUCAAAUUGCAGAGACUUAUGUGCUUGUAAAUUGCAAAGAAGUUGAACCAUUUCUCCAACAAUUUGAGGACUCGCUAAGGCAAUCCAACCUUGGUAUCACCGAUGAUCAAAUAUUAGAACUUCGGGACAGGGACUUCAGUCGUUGGAUACAACAACAAGUAAGUGACGGCCAAGUUAAGGAUCAAUUGAUUCGGCAAAUGAGUUAUGGUCCACUGAAAUCAGUGACUUGUUAUAAUGGCAUAAUAGUUAAUGGAUAUCGAUUUCACACUAAGCAGAAUGGUCAAAAUAAAGCUACAAACAACAGUGGAGUAUGUGUUCGAGGAAGCAUAUAUGGUGAGCAUGAUAUAGACUAUUAUGGCAUUAUUGAAGAGAUAUUAGAAUUGUCAUAUAUAGGAGCUCAAAACAAGGUACUUCUUUUACGGUGUCAUUGGUUUGACCCAAUUAAUGGAGUUAAGGUAGAUGAGAGAUAUGGGUUAGUUGACGUUAAACCCAAAUCAAGGCUUAACUCAAAUGAGCCCUUUGUCUUAGCUUCACAGGCACAACAAGUGUACUAUACAAUGUACCCACAAAGCAAUGUUAGGGGUAGUAGUGAUUGGUGGGCAGCUUGCAAAGUUAGACGAAAACUCUUCGUAGCUGAGAGCUUCAAUGAUGAGCAACUUGAUUUGAAUGAGCUGGAUGCUAGUGAUUAUUAUCAAGAUGAUGGAUCCUUUGGAACAAGCAAUGUUGUCAUAGAAGAUGAAGAAUUUUCUUUAUUUGAUGCAAAUUCCCCAAUGGAAGAUGUGGAUAUAAAUGAUAUACAUAAGUCAAAGAGUGCUCCACUUACUGACCAAUUCAUCGAUGACAAUGAAUACAGUGUCAAUAAUGAAUACUUAGAUGAAGAUGUGGACAAACAAUGAGUUUUUGUUUCAUUGUGUAUUUAUUUUGAUAUAAACAGUGUAUUUAUUUUUUGUUUCAUUGUGUAUUUAAUUUCCAUCCAAUUCAUGUUACAAAAUGGACUUUUUUUACUUAUUAACAAAAACAAGAACAAGUUGUAUCUAGAUAUAAUAACAUGACAAUCCGAGGUAGAGGAAGUGGACUUGGUCGAGGGAGAGGUCGUAAUCCACCUCAGCAUUCCCCAGGUAUAUAUGUCCCUUUAGUACAAUUCUAGUUACUGCAUCAGAUUUUUAAUACAAUUCUAGUUACUGC